CGCCAAUAAACAACACGAAUAAGAAGAACUUAACGUCGGAAUCAGAUCAUCGACGGAAACGUAACGGAGUUCGGUUCAGUUCAGUUCUAGAGGUCAGAACCGACGCCAGUCCGACUGCAGUGAAUCCAGUCUGAGGAGUUUCUGUCUCCAGGUGAUAGUGAACCCCCGGGAACACACCUGGAGUCGCUGCGAGUGUGUACAUCUGUAGAUCACCUGGAUCCAGGAGUUGGAGUGAACCCAGGGAGCUCAAGCGGACCUCCUUGUUCUCAGAGCAUCCCUGGAGAGUCUUCAAAGCGUCCUAAGGGUGUCCUCGUUGUCUCCAGCUGCUGCCGGGACAUGAGCAGCUCGGCUCAGAGGAAAAGGAGGCCCACAGGAAAUUCUCUGGUCUCCAGAACCAAGACCAGGAGAACAGCCAAUAGUCGGCCCUUGUCCCGCAGGACAGCGAACGCUAGCAACCCUGCCCCCCCCACAGAGCCUAUCGACGUGUCGACCGAGGAUGGUGUGGAAGAAGUGGUGGACCUGACCUGUGAAGGAUCAGAAGCUGCUGUGGUUGACCUGACGACCAACAACGAUUCUGUGCUGCUGGUGGAUGAAGGACCUCUGAACGACAUUGUCUCCUCCAGCUAUGUGCUCAGCAGCGAUGAAGAAGGAGACAUGUCCACUGGCAUUGAUGCUGCCAUUACGUCUUCUGUACAGACAUCCAGGUUCACUCCGGGUCUCAUCAAUUGUCCCAUCUGUUUGGAUCUGUACUCCGAGAUCGUGGACAGUGGGCGAUUGGUUGUCUCCACCAAGUGUGGUCAUGUGUUCUGCAGCCAGUGUCUGAGAGACGCUGUGACAUCAUCACACACCUGUCCUACCUGCAGGAAGAGGCUCACCCCUCGCCAAUACCACCCUCUUUACAUCUGACACCAUGUGACAUCAUCAGCUGGCAGUGCUGUUAUUGGCUGUCCUCUGUGACAUCGUCAGCAGCAUUUUUGUUGAUGAAACAUUGAAAAUGUUUUUCUUUGAAGUUCAGAUCUGCAUUUUAAUGAUGACAGACUGAAUAUUGUGUUUUGUUCUGAGUUGUAUUUGAAAUAAAUAUUAAUGAGGAACA